AGCUUAAAAUCGUUCGGCCCCUGUGUCAUUUCGACUUGAUCCGGAAUAUAUUACGUUCUAAAAUUUAUGCGACUGUGUGAAUUUUGAUAAAUAUAUUUGUCAUUAUUUGACGGCUUGCCUCUGGGAAAACAGUUUAACUCUGUGAUGCCGCUGUUCAACAAAAAGUUCGAGUCAAAGCCCAUACCGGCGCGUCAGAGUCGCUGCAACAUUGGGAUUCCUGCUAUUGCCGAGGAUCUUGAUGAUUUCCGCCAGAUUUCGCUGAAUCUGGGCCACAAGGAGCUGCGCUUUGCCGAUGGCAUCUGGAUGCACUCGUCGCGCAAGGGCGAUGUGGACGAAAUGCUGCGGCUGAAAAAGAAGUUCCGUGUCCUCGAAGAGGAGAACAAUAUGUCAAAUUUGAAGAUGGAAUGUAUGCUGGAUCUGCUGGCGGAACAGGCAUCGGAAUUAAAAGAGCUAAAGCCACAGGAAAAGAAUAAAUUUGAAAAUUUAAAGAAAUAA